GUUCGGGAGGUUUCAGCCCUCCUAUCCUCCGUCCUCCUACCAGAGAAGAAACUGGUUUAACGUUUCUCUCUCCUCUGAGCAGCCAGGAAGUAGUGAAAAACAAUAAGACAGGUACUUUCUUGUCCCCCACUUUUCUCUUCGCCUCUCUCAGGGCAGGCCAUUGCGAUUAGGUUCAAGGCCGUAAUCUCCAAAUUCUUUGGGGACCCGCCGGAAAUGAAGUUGGUAUCACUGUUACUCGUUCAGCGUUUGCAUGACAUUUUAGAGUUGAUUUGCAGUGCAUUAAGUAUACCUAGUUUUGCUUGAUGAUAGCGUCACUCUAGGAAGAUGGUUGUUUGGGAUUUUUUUGUUUCUUUAUAUUUUGGUGUUUCAAAAUAUAAAUAAUUUUAACUAUCAGCUUGUUGGGGAGACAUACCUCAACAAUUAGAUUUUUUAUUUUUUUAAUAUUGUGGUUGCAUGUCAGGGAGGAAAUUAGGUCCAGAAUUUUAGAGCUGUAUGGCUAUUUAGAGAGCAUCUGAUCCACUUCUUUAAUUUAAUCCAUGAGGAAACUGAAGCCCCUAAGGGGAAGUGACUUGUUUCCUUUCUUCAUGGCAAGUGGGUGGUAGAGCUGUAACAGCAAUCCCUCCUCUUUUAUCUCAACUGCCAUUCUGAAGACUGUUACCGAACUUGGAAGGAAGAUGUAACAGGGCCUAGAAUUUUACAUUUGGUAUUGACAUGUAAGAUGUGUUAUGAAUAUAUGGAGGAUUUUUUUUACGAUAAUUGUUUUAUGGACUUUCUCUCCUCAGAGUAUAGAGUAUUGUAAUCUGUAGGGGAUCAAGAUGUCAGAUGAAAACAAAGCUGCCAUUGCAGCGCAAAAGGAGGCUCUGAACUUGAAGUUACCCCCUAUUGUUCGUCCCUCAGAAGACUUAGGUGUGGACACACCAUCCCAAAGCAAGCUGCUCAACUAUAGAAGAUCUAAGGAGCAGCAGAAGACAAUUAAUCAGUUAGUAAUUGAUGGAGCCAAGAAAAGUUUAGACAAAACACUGUGUAAAAGAAUACCUUCAUUACCAGAACCAGAAUAUCCUUCAACUAUGGCCAGUGAAAUUAAAAAAAAAGGAUUGAACUAUAUGUAUUUGAAGCAAUGUGUAGAAAGUAGUCCUAUAGUACCUAUUCAGAAGGAGUGGCUGGAUAACAUGUUAAUGCUGAUACCUGAGUCUUUAAGAGAAGGGAAAGAAAGAGGAGAACUUGUUGAACGUCUCAUAAAUGAAGUGUCAAGUGACUUUGAAAACAGCAUGAAGAGAUAUUUGGUGCGAAGUGUUCUUGUGAAACCUCCAGUUCAAUGGCUUGAAGAUGAAGGAGGCCCUUUACCUGAAUCCCCUUUAGGCCUGGAUUAUUCUAAUCCGUGGCAUUCUAGCUAUGUGCAGGCAAGAAAUCAAAUAUUAUCUAAUUUGCACAUUGUUCACCCAACCAUGAAAAUGUUGCUGGAACUUGGUUAUACAACAUUUGCCAAUACAGUUUUGCUGGACUUUACAGGAAUUAGAGCUAAAGGUCCAAUUGAUUGUGACUCACUGAAAAAUGAUCUAUCAAUACAAGCUAAAAAGGCAGAAGAGAAGAUAAUGAAUACAUGGUAUCCAAAGGUUAUAAAUCUCUUUACCAAGAAGGAGUCAUUAGAAGGCAUUAAACCUGAAAAAGUGGAUGCAUUUUAUAACUGUGUUUCCACGCUUAUGUCAAAUCAGUUAAAGGAUCUCUUAAGGAGAACUAUAGAAGGAUUUGUAAAACUCUUUGACCCACAAGACCAACAAAGGCUGCCAAUAUUUAAGAUGGAAUUGACGUUUGAUGAUGAGAAAAUAGAAUUUUAUCCUACCUUUCAAGAUUUGGAAGAUGUUGUUUUGGGUUUAGUAGAGCGGAUAGCUGAAGCUCUGCAGAAUAUCCAAACAAUUCCUUCUUGGCUAGCGGGAACUUCAACACCUGCAACUCUUGACACAGAACUUCCUGAACACGUGAUACAUUGGGCUAUUGAAAUGCUGAAGAUGGCAGUACAUCAGAACUUAGAAGGUCCAAGACAACAUUAUGAGGCAUAUGUUGAAAAAUAUAAUUGGCUCCUUGAUGGGACUGCUGAUGAACAGAUAGAAGUUUUUCAGGCAGAAGAUCAUACUUUUGAUGAAUACACACACCUUAUAGGAAAAUUUUUAAAUCUUGCCUCAGAAAUGAUGCUUUUGCCGCAGUGGGUUCAUUUCCCUAUGGUGCGUUUGGAUUGUGAUGAUUUAAAGACAGGCCUGAUAAAUAAAACAAAAGCCUUUGCAAGCAUAUUGUUAAAUGAUAUAGCUUCAAAACACAGGAAAGAAAAUGAAUGUAUUUGCAGUGAAUUUGAAGCAAUUAGAGAACAUGCAUUAAAAGUCCCUGAGACAACAGAAGAGAUGAUGGAACUGAUAACUUUUGUAGAAAAAGCCCGAACUUUUGGAAUUCAAGAGUUGAUUUCAAGGAUCAAGGAAUCCAAACGCCGAAUGAAUUACUUUUUAGAUGUUUUUCUAUUUCCUCAAGAAGACUUAGCUUUAAAUGCAACUGUCCUCCUAUGGCCUGGGAAGAUUAAUCCUAUCUUUGAUGAAAAUGAUGAGUAUGUGGCAGAUGUAAGACAACUGCAAAAACGUAUUCAGGAGUCUGAGGAAGCAGUUCAGUUUAUUAAUAAAGAAGAGGAACUUUUCAAGUGGGAAUUGACAAAAUAUCCUGAACUGGAUAAAUUGAAAGUUAACAUUGAGCCCUAUCAAAAGUUUUUUAAUUUUGUUUUGAAGUGGCAACGAACAGAAAAACGGUGGAUGGAUGGAGGUUUUUUAGACCUCAAUGGGGAAAGUAUGGAAGCUGAUGUAGAUGAGUUUUCCCGAGAAAUUUUUAAGACACUGAAAUUUUUCCAAACAAAACAAAAGAAAGAAUUACAAGAAAAAAGAAAGACAGCAAAGAGACGAUCUCUGGUAGAAGAGAAGCCGGAAGAAGAGUCAAAGGAGAGUCCUGCUAUUACUAUGUGCUCUGCAGUAAUGGGGCAGAUAAAAACCUUUAAGGAAUAUAUCCCUACUGUCUCCAUCCUGUGCAAUCCUGGAAUGAGAGCUCGUCACUGGAACCAGAUGUCAGAAAUUGUAGGCUAUGACUUGACUCCAGACUCUGGAACUACACUGAGAAAAGUUUUAAAAUUAAAUCUUACACCAUACUUGGAUCAAUUUGAAGUGAUAAGUGCAGGUGCAAGCAAGGAAUUUUCAUUAGAGAAAGCCAUGCAUACAAUGAUAGGAACUUGGGAUGAUAUUGCUUUUCAUAUAAGUCCAUACCGUGAUACUGGAGUCUGUAUUCUUUCUUCAGUGGAUGAGAUUCAGGCUCUCCUUGAUGAUCAGAUUAUAAAAACACAGACAAUGAGGGGCUCACCUUUCAUCAAACCAUUUGAAAAAGAGAUCAAGGCCUGGGAGGACCGUUUGAUUCGAAUACAAGAGACGAUUGAUGAAUGGUUAAAAGUACAAGCUCAGUGGCUGUACCUGGAGCCCAUCUUUUGUUCCGAGGAUAUUAUGCAGCAGAUGCCAGAAGAAGGCCGUCAGUUUCAGACAGUAGACAGACAUUGGAGGGAUAUCAUGAAGUUUUGUGCGAAAGACCCGAAGGUUCUUGCUGCUACUUCGUUAACAGGUUUAUUGGAAAAACUGCAGAACUGCAAUGACCUUUUGGAGAAAAUUAUGAAAGGGCUUAAUGCGUAUCUUGAAAAGAAACGUCUUUUCUUCCCUCGUUUUUUCUUCUUAUCUAAUGAUGAAAUGUUAGAGAUUUUGUCAGAGACCAAAGAUCCGCUGAGAGUUCAGCCUCACUUAAAAAAAUGCUUUGAGGGCAUUGCUAAGUUGGAGUUCCUUCCCAAUUUGGACAUUAAGGCCAUGUAUAGCUCUGAAGGUGAGCGAGUGGAGCUGAUUGCACUAAUUUCCACGUCUGCAGCUCGGGGUGCCGUGGAAAAGUGGCUGAUUCAAGUGGAAGAUCUAAUGCUCCGGAGUAUUCAUGAAGUGAUCGCUGCGGCCAGGCUGGCUUAUCCAGAAUCUGCAAGAAGAGACUGGGUUCGAGAGUGGCCUGGCCAGGUUGUGCUUUGUGUUUCUCAAAUGUUCUGGACUUCUGAGACACAGGAAGUUAUAAGUGGUGGACCAGAGGGAUUAAGGAAGUACUAUAAGGAACUUCAGAGCCAACUAAAUGAUAUUGUAGAGCUGGUUAGAGGAAAAUUGUCUAAGCAGACCAGGACCACUCUGGGGGCUUUGGUUACUAUUGACGUCCAUGCUAGAGAUGUGGUCAUGGACAUGAUUGAGAAAGGUGUCUCACAUGAUACAGAUUUCCAGUGGCUAGCUCAGCUUCGAUAUUACUGGGAAUAUGAGAAUGCUCGAGUUCGCAUCAUUAAUUGCAAUGUAAAAUAUGCUUAUGAAUAUCUUGGUAACUGUCCUCGCCUUGUCAUUACUCCUCUCACUGACAGGUGUUACAGAACAUUGAUAGGUGCCUUCUAUUUAAACCUUGGAGGUGCUCCAGAGGGGCCAGCAGGCACAGGAAAAACUGAGACCACCAAGGACUUGGCUAAAGCUCUUGCUGUGCAGUGUGUGGUGUUCAACUGUUCCGAUGGGCUGGAUUACCUAGCAAUGGGAAAGUUUUUUAAAGGAUUAGCUUCUUCUGGUGCUUGGGCUUGCUUUGAUGAAUUUAAUAGAAUUGAGUUGGAAGUGUUGUCAGUGGUAGCUCAGCAGAUCCUGUGCAUCCAGAGAGCCAUUCAGCAGAAGCUGGAGGUGUUUGUUUUUGAAGGGACAGAGCUUAAGCUCAAUCCAAACUGUUUUGUCGCUAUUACCAUGAAUCCUGGCUAUGCAGGGCGUUCCGAAUUGCCAGACAACCUUAAGGUGCUUUUUAGAACAGUGGCUAUGAUGGUUCCAAACUAUGCCCUUAUAGCAGAAAUCUCCCUCUACUCCUAUGGAUUUCUGAAUGCGAAACCUCUGUCUGUGAAGAUAGUAAUGACAUACAGGCUUUGCUCUGAGCAGCUCUCAUCGCAGUUUCAUUACGACUAUGGAAUGCGAGCAGUGAAAGCAGUUUUGGUGGCUGCUGGAAACCUAAAACUGAAAUACCCCAAUGAAAAUGAAGAUAUACUUCUUCUUCGAUCAAUUAAAGAUGUAAAUGAACCAAAGUUUCUAUCACAUGAUAUACCCUUAUUUAAUGGAAUAACUAGUGACUUAUUUCCUGGUAUUAAACUUCCUGAAGCUGAUUAUAAUGACUUUUUGGAAUGUGCUCAUGAAGCCUGCAAAGCACAUAAUCUUCAACCUGUUAAAUUUUUUCUCGAUAAAAUGAUUCAGACAUAUGAAAUGAUGAUUGUUAGACAUGGUUUUAUGUUAGUAGGAGAGCCUUUUGCUGCUAAGACUAAAGUUCUGCAUGUGCUGGCUGAUACUCUAAGUCUUAUGAAUGAACGGGGCUAUGGAGAGGAAGAAAAGGUUAUUUAUAGGACUGUGAACCCCAAAUCCAUUACUAUGGGCCAACUCUUCGGACAGUUUGAUCCAGUGUCUCAUGAGUGGACUGAUGGCAUUGUGGCUAACACCUUUAGAGAAUUUGCCUUAUCAGAAACACCUGACCGGAAAUGGGUUGUAUUUGAUGGUCCCAUUGACACUUUGUGGAUAGAGAGCAUGAACACAGUACUGGAUGAUAAUAAAAAGCUUUGCCUUAUGAGUGGAGAAAUCAUUCAGAUGUCUCCUCAAAUGAGCCUCAUCUUUGAAACAAUGGACCUCUCCCAGGCCUCACCUGCCACUGUAAGCCGCUGUGGCAUGAUUUAUUUGGAGCCCUCACAAUUAGGAUGGGAACCACUUGUGUCUUCAUGGUUGAAUUCAUUGAAAGGACCUCUGCAUGAACCAGAAUAUCAAGCUCUUCUGAAGGAACUUUUUGACUGGUUAAUACCGCCCACUUUAAGACUUCGUAAAAAAAGAUGCAAGGAACUGAUUCCUACAAGCGAUAGUAAUGUGGUUGUAUCUCUCACACGGCUCUUUGAAGUACUACUCUGUCCUGUGGUAGAAAAUGAACCUACCAGCAAGCACAUUCGUGUUUGGAUUAUGGCUUGUUUUAUAUUCUCUUUGAUCUGGUCUGUUGGGGGAAGUUGUGAUACAGAUGGUCGCAUUGUUUUUGACGCUUUCCUAAGACCAGUCCUGCUGGGAAAAGAUGAUGAAUACCCAGUGCCACAAUCUGUGGGUAAAUGGGAGUGCAUCUUUGAUGAAAAAGGGCUAAUCUAUGACUACACCUAUGAGUUGAAAAACCGAGGUCGCUGGCUCCAUUGGAAUGAAUUAAUUAAAAGUACUAAUUUAGGAGAUAAACAUGUCAAGAUUCAAGAUAUCAUAGUCCCUACGAUAGACACAAUUAGAUACACAUUUCUAAUGGAUUUGAGUAUUACCUAUGCGAAGCCGCUGCUUUUUGUGGGUCCAACGGGUACAGGAAAAUCAGUGUAUGUGAAGGAUAAGCUAAUGAAUCACCUGGAAAAGGACCUGUACUUUCCUUUUUAUGUUAAUUUCUCUGCACGGACCAGUGCCAAUCAGGUUCAGAACAUUAUUAUGGCUAGAUUGGAUAAAAGGCGCAAAGGAGUUUUUGGCCCACCUAUGGGAAAGAAGUGUAUAAUUUUUAUAGAUGACAUGAACAUGCCUGCAUUGGAGAAGUAUGGAGCUCAGCCUCCUAUUGAAUUAUUACGACAAUUUUUUGACUAUGGAAACUGGUAUGACCUUAAGGACACAAGUAAAAUCACAUUGGUUGAUAUUGAACUGAUUGCAGCCAUGGGCCCUCCAGGUGGUGGAAGAAAUCCAGUCACUCCCCGUUUUAUUAGACAUUUCAACAUCUGCACUAUUAAUACCUUCAGCGAUGAAACGAUGGUCCGUAUUUUCUCAUCAGUUGUAGCAUUCUACCUGAGGACUCGUGAGUUUCUCCCGGAGUACUUUUUAAUUGGGAACCAAAUUGUCAGUGGGACAAUGGAGAUAUAUAAACAAUCCAUGGAAAAUCUGUUGCCCACUCCCACCAAAUCUCAUUAUACUUUCAACUUGCGUGAUUUUUCACGUGUCAUCCGGGGCUGCCUGCUCGUUGAGAAGGAUGCUGUGGAGAGCAAGCACACUAUGAUCCGCCUGUUUGUGCAUGAGGUUCUCCGAGUGUUUUAUGAUCGUCUCAUUAAUGACAACGAUCGAAGCUGGCUGUUCAACUUAACCAAAAGUGUUAUAAAGGACCAUUUUAAAGAAUCAUUUGAUGGUAUCUUUUCACAUUUGAGGAAAGGGAAUGCACCAGUAACUGAAGAGAACUUACGAAAUCUCAUGUUUGGUGACUAUAUGAAUCCUGACCUUGAAGGAGAUGAGAGAGUUUAUGUGGAAAUUCCAAACAUUCAUCUUUUUAAUGACGUCGUGGACCAAUGCUUAGAUGAAUAUAAUCAAACUCACAAAACAGGAAUGAAUCUUGUCAUUUUUAGGUAUGUAUUGGAACAUUUAUCGCGGAUAUGUCGCAUUCUAAAGCAGUCUGGUGGAAAUGCUUUACUUGUUGGAUUUGGAGGAAGUGGUCGUCAGUCUUUAACUCGUUUGGCUACAUCCAUGGCAAAAAUGCAGAUUUUCCAACCUGAAAUUUCCAAGAGCUAUGGUAUGAAUGAGUGGAGAGAGGAUAUGAAGACUCUGUUGAGGAAUACAGGCAUGAGGGGCCAGAAGACAGUCUUCCUCAUCACGGACACUCAGAUUAAAGAGGAAGCUUUUCUAGAAGAUAUUGAUAGUGUGCUCAACACCGGAGAAGUGCCGAACAUUUUUGCCGCGGACGAAAAACAAGAAGUGAUGGAGGGUGUUCGCCCAGUAGCCCAGGCUGGCAGUAAACAUGAUGAACUUAGUCCCUUAGCCCUCUUUGCUUUCUUUGUGAAUCGCUGCAAAGAUAAUCUUCAUGUCGUAGUGGCCUUUAGCCCCAUUGGAGAUGCCUUCCGAAAUCGCCUGAGACAGUUCCCAUCCCUCAUCAAUUGCUGUACCAUUGACUGGUUUCAGCCAUGGCCUGAAGAUGCUCUUGAACUUGUAGCUGUGAAAUUCUUAGAGACACUGGAGCUCACUGAGGUUGAACGACAAGAAGUAGUUCCAAUCUGUAAAUACUUCCACACCUCCGUUAUGGAUCUUUCAGAAAGGUUCUUGCAAGAGUUGGGGCGGCACAACUAUGUGACUGCUACUUCUUAUCUUGAACUUAUUGCCUCAUUUCAGCAGCUUUUGACAAAGAAACGACAAGCGGUCAUGAGUGCCAAACAACGAUACACAAACGGACUUGACAAAUUAGCUUUUGCUGAAUCUCAGGUUGGUGAAAUGCAGUUGGAGCUUGUUGAAUUACAGCCCAAAUUGGAGGAAGCUAAAAUUGAGAAUGCACGUAUGAUGCAGAUUAUCGAGAUAGAGUCUGCACAAGUGGAAGCAAAAAGAAAGUUCGUGAAAUUGGAUGAAGAGAUAGCCAGUGGGAAGGCUGAAGAAGCCCAGGCUCUGAAAAACGAGUGUGAAAGUGAUCUAGCUGAGGCGAUUCCAGCCUUGGAAGCAGCUCUGUCUGCCCUGGAUACGCUAAAGCCAGCUGACAUUACCAUCGUGAAAUCAAUGAAAAAUCCUCCAUCUGGUGUUAAACUAGUUAUGGCUGCUAUUUGUGUCAUGAAAGAUAUAAAACCAGAAAAAAUUUCAGAUCCAUCAGGAAGUGGAGGCAAGAUAUUAGAUUACUGGGGACCUAGCAAAAAACUUCUGGGAGAUAUGAAUUUCCUAAGAGAUUUGAGAGAAUAUGACAAGGACAACAUUCCAGUGAGUGUUAUGCAGAAGAUUCGUGGUGAAUAUUUAACCAAUCCUGAAUUUGAUCCACAUAAGAUUGCUAAAGCUUCUUCUGCAGCCGAGGGUCUAUGCAAGUGGAUCAUGGCUAUGGAAGUGUAUGACAGAGUUGCAAAGGUGGUGGCCCCUAAGAAAGCCCGCUUAGCAGAAGCACAGAAGUCCUUAGGUGAGACCAUGGGUCUUUUAAAUCAGAAGAGAGCUGAACUGGCAGAGGUAGAACAUCACGUGGAAAAUUUGCAAAAAACAUUUUUGGAGAAAACUGAGGAAAAAGCUCGUUUAGAAGACCAGGUGGAACUUUGUGCUAAGAAACUGGAAAGGGCCUCAAAACUCAUCGGAGGACUGGGUGGAGAAAAGUCAAGAUGGGCUCAAGCUGCAAAUGACCUUCAGACAACAUAUGAAAAUUUGACUGGUGAUGUCUUAGUAUCUGCAGGAGUAAUAGCCUACCUUGGCGCUUUCACUUCCGGCUUUCGACAAACAUGUACGCAAAAUUGGAGCAUGUUGUGCAAGGAGAAAAAAAUCCCAUGUUCAGAGGAGUUCUUGUUGAGUAAGACCCUGGGUGAUCCUGUAAACAUUAGAGCUUGGAAUAUUGCUGGAUUGCCAACAGAUACUUUCUCCAUUGAUAAUGGAGUGAUUGUUAAUAACUCCAGGCGCUGGCCUUUAAUGAUUGACCCCCAGGGCCAAGCCAAUAAGUGGAUCAAAAAUUCUGAAAAAGAAAAUCAGCUUAGUGUUAUUAAGCUAUCCGAUUCAGACUAUAUGAGAACACUGGAAAAUUGUAUUCAGUUUGGAACUCCACUUCUAUUAGAAAAUGUUGGUGAAGAACUGGAUCCAUCUCUGGAGCCUUUACUACUUAGACAAACUUUUAAACAAGGUGGCAUUGAUUGCAUCAGACUCGGUGAGGUCACUAUUGAGUAUUCCUUUGAUUUCAAAUUUUAUAUCACCACAAAACUGAGAAAUCCACACUACAUGCCAGAGCUGGCUACAAAAGUGUCUCUGCUCAAUUUCAUGAUAACUCCAGAAGGACUUGAAGAUCAAUUACUAGGUAUUGUUGUUGCAAAGGAAAGACCAGAAUUAGAAGAGGAACGAAAUGCUCUUAUUCUUCAGUCUGCAGCUAAUAAGAAACAACUGAAAGACAUAGAGAAAAGAAUUUUAGAAACAUUAUCAUCUUCAGAAGGGAACAUUUUAGAAGAUGAAAGUGCAAUUAAAGUCUUAGACUCUGCUAAAAUGAUGUCCAAUGAGAUAACAAAGAAACAGCAGAUUGCAGAAAAAACAGAACUCAAGAUAGCAGAGUCUCGAGAAGGCUAUAGACCCAUCGCUAAACAUUCAUCAGUGUUAUUCUUUAGCAUUGCAGACCUGGCUAACAUUGAUCCCAUGUACCAGUACUCACUUAGCUGGUUUGUGAACCUCUAUAUCAACUCUAUUCAUGACAGUAACAAAUCCAAAAUUUUGGAAAAACGCCUACGAUAUUUAAAUGACCACUUCACAUACAACUUAUAUUGUAAUAUAUGCCGAUCACUAUUUGAGAAGGACAAGCUGUUAUUUUCCUUUUUAUUAUGUGCCAACCUUCUGCUGGCAAGGAAAGAGAUUGAAUACCAGGAACUGAUGUUUCUUUUAACUGGAGGAGUAAGUCUUAAGAGUGCUGAGAAAAAUCCUGAUCCAUCUUGGCUACAGGAUAAAAGCUGGGAGGAAAUUUGUCAUGCAAGUGAAUAUUCUGCCUUCAAAGGGCUCAGGGAGCAUUUUUCUGCAAAUAUACAUGAAUGGCGGGAAAUCUAUGACAGUAAAGAACCACACAAUGCUCAAUUUCCACAACCAAUGGAUACAACACUAAAUGAACUACAGAAAAUAAUAAUUCUUCGGUGCUUAAGACCUGAUAAGAUUAUCCCAGCUAUAACAAAUUAUGUAACUGACAAACUAGGGAAAAAGUUUGUAGAGCCUCCAUCAUUUGAUUUGGCAAAGAGUUACUUGGAUUCAAACUGCACUAUCCCCUUAGUCUUUGUGCUCUCUCCAGGAGCAGAUCCCAUGGCUAGCCUGCUGAAAUUUGCAAAUGAUAAAGCUAUGUCUGGAAAUAAGUUUCAAGCUAUAUCACUGGGACAGGGACAAGGACCAAUUGCAACAAAAAUGAUUAAAGCAGCAUUAGAAGAUGGAACUUGGGUUUGUCUACAGAAUUGUCACCUUGCUGUCUCCUGGAUGCCCAUGUUGGAAAAAAUAUGUGAAGAUUUUACUUCUGAAACCUGUAACUCUUCCUUUAGGCUUUGGCUCACAAGUUAUCCAUCUCCUAAAUUCCCAGUAACAAUUCUACAGAAUGGAGUAAAAAUGACAAACGAACCUCCCACAGGUCUCCGGCUGAAUCUCCUUCAAUCGUAUCUCAGUGAUCCAAUUUCUGAUGAAGUGUUUUUCAAGGGAUGCCCUGGAAAGGAAUUGGCAUGGGAGAAGUUGCUGUUUGGAGUUUGUUUUUUUCAUGCCCUUGUGCAAGAGAGAAAGAAAUUUGGUCCUCUUGGUUGGAAUAUUCCAUACGGAUUUAAUGAAUCAGACUUACGCAUCAGUGUCCGACAACUGCAGUUAUUUAUAAAUGAAUACGAUACAAUUCCAUUUGAAGCUAUAUCUUACCUGACUGGGGAAUGUAACUAUGGAGGGAGAGUGACAGAUGAUUGGGACAGACGUCUCUUGCUGACCAUGCUGGCCGACUUUUAUAAUCCGCAGAUAGUUGAAAACCCUCAUUAUAAGUUUUCUCCCAGUGGAAACUAUUUUGCACCUCCCAGAGGCACCUAUGAUGAUUACACUGAAUUCAUUAAGAAACUUCCAUUUGCUCAAGACCCUGAGAUAUUUGGAUUACAUGAAAAUGUUGAUAUCUCCAAAGAUCUUCAACAAACAAAAACCCUCUUUGAGUCCUUGCUGCUCACCCAGGGAGGAGCCACACAGACAGGAGCCUCAGGAAGUGCUGACCAGACUCUAUUAAAAAUCACCAAAGAUAUUCUCGACAAGCUCCCCAAUGAUUUUGACAUUGAAGCAGCACUAUCAAAGUAUCCCGUGAGAUACGAAGAGAGCAUGAAUACUGUGUUAGUACAAGAAAUGGAACGAUUUAACAAUUUAAUUAAAACUAUACGUAACACUUUACAAGCCCUUGAGAAAGCUAUUAAAGGCGUGGUAGUAAUGGAUUCUACACUGGAGGCCCUCUCUGGCAGUUUACUUGUUGGAAGGGUUCCAGAAACGUGGGCCAGACGAUCCUACCCAAGUCUUAAACCCUUGGGAAGUUACAUCACAGAUUUUCUAGCCCGGUUGAGCUUUUUACAGGACUGGUGUGACUCAGGAAAACCAAAUGUGUUUUGGCUCUCGGGUUUCUUUUUCACCCAAGCCUUUUUAACUGGAGCGAUGCAGAAUUUUGCCAGAAAACAUACCAUCCCUAUUGAUUUACUAGGAUAUGAAUUUGAGGUCGUUCCUUUUGAUACAUCUGACACGGCACCCGACGAUGGCGUUUUUAUCCACGGAUUGUAUCUCGAUGGCGCACGCUGGGACAGAAAAAGUGGAUUGCUUGCCGAACAACGUCCUAAACUUCUCUUUGACCUGAUGCCCAUCAUAUGGAUAAAACCGAAUAAAAAGUCUAAAAUUGAGAAGUCAAAUGCCUAUGUCUGUCCCUUGUACAAGACAAGUGAACGUAAAGGAACUCUUUCCACUACGGGACAUUCUACUAACUUUGUUAUUGCAAUGUUGUUAAAAACAGAACAACCCAUUCAGCACUGGAUCAAGCGUGGGGUUGCUUUGCUUUGUCAGUUGGAUGAUUAAACUGGACAAAUUUAGAAAACAUCUGAAAGAAGAAAAAUCAUUGUCUUCACUUACUUAAAAAUAAAUAUCUGUUAUAAAACCAAGUAUCUGUGUCAUUCUUUGCAGUGGUCUUUGUGAAUGGUCUAUGCAUUGUUCUCCUCCCUGAUUUACCAUUUUUGACUGGAAUACAACCUUCUAGCUGGGCUCUUUUGGGAAGAUCACAGUCAGACUCCUCUGGGAAAAAAAUGUGAUAAGAAACAUUCUUUGAAGCGUAUGGGAAACCUUUGAAGCUUUUAUUUUGUUCCUUGUUCCACACAAUUCUACGUGUGUGAAAAGUAGAUCUGGGGGACUAAGUGAAAAAUUUUUAAUAUCAGAUAUCUCUUUUCACAAGCGUGAUUUUUUAAAAUUUUGUUGUUGACAAU